CCCCACUUCCCAGAUGGAGGCCCUAUCGCUGGGUGAAAAGGGAGCGGGAGCCGCAGCGGCCGCCCAGCCGUUCGGAGGCCGGCGCAGGAGGGGCGAUAUUGUCAUCGAGGAACCCCGCACCCGCCCGGCUCACAUCCAGGACAAGAAAGGCUCUACUGGCCAUCCAGUCCCACUGGUGACCAACUUUUUCCGUGUGAGCUCCACGCCGUCCUGGGCGCUGUACCAGUACAACGUGAGCUUCGCGCCAGAGAUCGACUAUCGGGGUGUGCGCUUCUCCAUGGUGAAGGAACACAUAGAGCUGAUCGGGGAGACCUACGCCUUUGACGGGAUGAUCCUCUUCCUACCUAAACGUCUGGAGCAGAAGGAGACCGUGCUGUUUUCCAAGCGGCGUAACGACGACGCGGACAUAAAGAUCACCAUCACUCUCACCAAUGAGCUGCCACCGACCUCGCCAACGUGCAUCCAGCUCUACAACAUCCUGUUCCGCAAGGCUCUGCACGAGAUCGGCAUGCAGCAGAUCGGGCGCAACAACUACAACCCUGACAUGGCAGCAUACGUGCCACAGCACAAGUAAGUACCAACAACUACAAUCCU